GUUGGCCUGGUAAAUCCACUGCCAGUUGACUCAUUCAUUACAGAAGUGCUUGUGCCAGGCUCUGUGUUAGAUGACAAGGAUGAAAGGCUGAGUGGACUCAGAUGCAGACUGUCCUCAAGGAGCUCAUGGUCUGGUGGGGAGACAGACAUGAAUCAAGCCAACAAGUUGAAUAAACCUCAUACUGGGGAGGUCUCCGACUUGAAUCAGCAGGUGUGGGUCCUUCAGGGUCAGACCAUUGUGACAGUUCCACGGAGUAACAAUGUAACCCCAGUCACUGUCACUGUUGUCCCAUGCAAGUAUCCAGAGUUGCUUGGGCAAGGCAGAGGGGUUCCCAUUUAUUUGGGAAUAGAGAAUCCAGAAAUGUGUCUGUCUUGUGAGGACAUUGAAGGGCAGCCUACAUUGCAACUGAAGGAGGAAGAGAUACUGGAUCUGUACAACGAAGUUGAGCCUGUGGAGCCCUUCCUCUUCUAUCACUCAAAGAAUGGCAGCACCUCCACCUUCGAGUCCGUGGCCUUCCCUGGCUGGUUCGUCGCCGCCUCUGACAGAGGCCACCCCAUCUUCCUCACUUCACACCUGGGGGGAACGUACAAUGUUAACUUCAUUUUAAAUAUCAAUGCUUGAACUCAGGCUGGAGGGGAUAGCUUGGUCAGAGGACUUUGUGUUAAAUUUUCUAGUUCCCAGCAUGCUUUCCUUUAUAUUAUCUCAGUGUCAUUUCACAUCAGGGCUGAGAGGUGGGCAGGACCCUAUAAUCACUGCCCUUUAUGAAUGACUUCAUGGCAACUGAGGCAUAGAAUGUGGGCUCAGACGUAGGAGGGAGGGGUGAUGUAAGGUUCUCCUUUCAAGCUGAAGCAGUCCAUCCCACAGCCAUCCGGCAGUAUGAGUAUGAGAAUGUCGGGACCCAGACACUUUAGGGAAUUCCCUGGGGGUCGAUAUGGAGAAGCCUCAGAGCUCAUGAAUCUUACAAAUAUCAGAUGACUAGCGCCAAACUGAUUGGUUUUGUUUUGCUUUGUUUCCUUUCCUAUUUGGAUUACAUUUUCCAUAUAGUUUGUAUGUUGCCAGUAUAUCUCAAGUUGUAUAAUGUAUCCUUUUAAGGGUUAAAGAUUUUAAAGAUAAAUAAUUCUUAAUAACAGUUAAAUUAUUUUUUUCCGAAUUCUAAUAUGUAAACAUAAGGCCAAAUAUAAACUUCAUGUGUUUACGCAAUAAGAAAGCUAAAACUAAGAUAUAAAAUGAAAUAGUAAAGGUGGUAAACUGAAAUUAACAAGAGUAAUUGAAUGAGGAUAGCUCGGUGGGUGAGUCUGGGACUGGGACUUAGCUGGGGGGAGGAGGACCCCUGUAGACUGGUGAUAGGCCGGGGAGGAGAUGCUGCAUGUAAAAGAGAACUAUUAUUUCACUACUUUCUGUGCAGUCUCACAGCCUUGAUUUCUUUGCCUCUUCUAGACUUUUAGGUAUACUCACCAUCCACAUAAUCUCUUUAAAAACUGCAGGAAAUGUCCCUUUCUUUGGAACAGAGAGCCUAACUUUUCCACCAGGCAUGAUUCAGAUGAUGUAUUCUGAUGAAAUUAAAUCACUGUUGUGGAUAUAACUGUAGAAAGAUGUAGCUCAGAUCUGGUUCUGUAUUUAUAGAUUUCUUCUUUUGACUCUGAUAUUAUAAUUUACAUUAUUAAUGUAAAUUAAUUUUUUUUCUGCUUUUGGACAAUCAAACCACAUACUCUACUAGGCCAGUAAGCAAGGUCUCUUGAUUCUUUAAAGUUUUCUUCUUCAAUUACUUAUAGUUUUAGCAUUGUAGUUUUAUAAAAACAACAUUAAAAUGGGCACUGAACUAAUUAGUUCUGGGAUAUUAAAUAGAAGAAUUGGUUAUUGAAUAUUUACGACUAUUGUCACUGCUAAAGAGUGGUGGCAGUGUCUUACAUCUGCCAAUUUACACUAUUACAUUGUCGGUUGUUACAUCUGACAGUUGGGAUCCAAUGACACAUUUGCUUGUGACAUGAUUAUGGUCUGAGUGUUACAGCAUCUCCAGACUACUACCAGGCUGUAUGGUGAUCCCAUUGUCCCAUCUCUUUCCUCUACCACGAAAACUGUUCACGUAGACACUGUGACACUUUGGAUUGUCACUUGGCACAGAUUUGAGCCCAAGCAAAAGCUCAGAUAUGAGUCUUGGUGUCAUGUGACUGACUAUCCUGAUGAUCCAGAAGAGGUUCUGAUAGCAUAUUUAGAGGGUGAUUGAAAUGAAAACAUAGUAAUCUCAUAGUUUGUGGAACUGGAGAACAGACUUCCAGGGACCCCUGGCUUCUCCAUCACGUUUGAGAAAGACCACAGCAUAUGAAAUCAUGGAAGGCCCCUGUGAGUAGUGACAGCCUCAUUUUCAAGUUUACGGCCUGGUGAACACCUGGUUUUCACACAGCUGAAUAUCAAAUGCUCUUGCAUUUGAGUUCUCGGAGCUCCAGGCCAACAUCCCUUGAAGGAUUUGGUAGUUUUGGGUCUUUAGCAAAGGGGUGGUAUAAAGGGCUUGAUGCCCUGUGUUGGGGGAGGUCGUUGGGAGGAUAUGAUCACAACUUGACCCAUGAGCUGGACUCUGGCAGUUGGCUGCUCCUCACCCCCUCCCCUGUCCUUGCAGCAUGUGUACUCUGCUUGCCUUCCCAGCUCCCAGAAGCUGCCCCAAGGACAUAGCCUUGAGACAGUGAUCUGAUGUUGAGACAUCUGGAUGGUAUAUGUGGCUGAACCCAGUUAAAGCCUCUAUAUAAAUUUUUAAUAUUCUAGUGUGUGAGUAUGGAGGUCUACUUGUCCUGCAGCCACUCAAAGACAAGCGUCGUAUGUGCGUUUCCUUGUUUAUUAAAUUUGUCACCAACCGA